AUGCUACAAAAUUUAUAAGUAGAAGGCAGAGAAACAAGCCAGGAUUAUUCAUAUGAGUGGGUGAUGGGUUAUCCUGAGUUGGCGAGCAUAGAAAAAGGGAUUCCCAUCGCUGAGUUUAGUGAUUAGAUUCAAAGUCGAGAUCAAGAAAUGGAAUUCAGAGUAAAGCACAAUUAAUAAUGCUCUUAGAUUUUGAGACGUCUAACUGAAACACAAUAUCACAAUGACAACCUAUAUGAUUUUCAUCCCGAUAUUCUAAAGUUAAAUCGAUAUAACAACAUCAUUCCUUGUAUCAUAAUCAGUUAUCAUAGUUAAACAUUCAAUAGUGAAGUUGAGAGGCGAUGAAGAAGAGAACCAAAGGGAAUCAUAUAUAAAUGCUGAUUACAUCAAUGUAGAGUAAUGAAUAACGAUGUUAGUUAAUAAAUGGAAAAGAGAAAAUGAUGAUAGCCACUUAAGGUCCAGUAACUCAGACGAUAGGACAUUUUUGGAGGAUGGUUUCAUAAGAGAGUGCGUCAAUGAUAGUGAUGCUGUGUAAUUUGAAGGAAAAUGGGAAGGUAAUUGAAGUUUAGAAUCUAUGAAAGGUUUAAUGUGAGUAAUACUGGCCUAGAAAUAUUGGAGACAAUUUACUUAUUGGAAAUAUUACCAUAAAUUUCGUUAGUCAAGAGGAUUUAGGAAAUAACAUAAUAAAAAGGACUCUAAAAUUGCAGGAGUAAAAUGGAGAGGAAAAAUAAGUGACUCAUUUGCAAUGGUGUGGUUGGCCAGAUCAAGGAGUUCCAAAUCACAAUGACUUUAAUACAAUAAAGGAAUUGCUCACUCAAAUUUUGGACAGAGUCUUGAAUGAUCAGAAGGUCGUAUUCCAUUGCAGGUACUCUCAUAUUCAUUUAUCUAUUAAAGUGCAGGUGUAGGCAGGACAGGAACAUUGAUAUCCCUGGUGAAUCUGAUGAUCAUUCUCACGACGUAUCAAUCUUAUGUCGGAAAUGACAUAGCGAGUACAAUUAUAUUAAUAAAGCAAGAAAUAUCUGAGAAUCCAGAGGAGUUUCGCAUUUCAAUAUUUGGAGUGGUCAGAAGAUUGAGAGAAUAAAGGUGGGGAAUGGUGCACACAUCAGAACAAUAUCAAUACGUAUACAAAUUCAUUGAUGAAGCUAUAAAAUAUAUGUUUUCAUAACAGUAAUGA